UAAUUCCUGUGAAGCCGGCAUUGGAGAAGCAAGCACAAGAAAGCCGAAAGAGUUUUACGAUGGAUUUUUAUCAUCUUCUACCGAAAAUUGAGCUGCAUGCCCAUCUGAACGGAUCGCUCAGUAACAGCACUUUGGCUGAGCUGCGUGAGCUGAAGUAUGGAAAGGAAGUUCCCAGUGGUACUGACGAUUGUUUCUACAAGAUUUUAAACGGAGAAUCUCUCACCCUGGAAGAAUGCUUUAAAAAGUUUCAAUACGCGCACGAUUUGACCGAUCGCCGGGAAGCGCUGGCACGAGCGACCGAGCGAGUAAUAGAAGAGUUUGCCAAAGACAGCGUAAUCUACCUGGAACUACGCACAACGCCCAAAUGCACUGCGCAAAUGACGAAACGCGAGUACCUCACCACGGUGCUGGACGUGAUAAGAAAAUCGUCCGAAAAUCAACGGGGAAUCGUGGUUAAACUGUUACCCUCGAUCGAUCGCUCAAAGGGCGUCCAGGAGGCGAUGGAAAACGUCAAUCUUGCCAUCGAACUAAGUUCCUCGUUCCCCGGCCUAAUGGUUGCGUUUGACCUGAGUGGCAAUCCGUUCGGGACCACAUUUUCCGGCUUUGUACCGGCGCUGCAGCGGGCACGCGAGCAUGGCUUCCGUUUGGCGCUGCACUGUGGGGAGUUUGAGGAUGAGCAGGAGAUAAAGGAAAUGUUUGCGCUCGGUGUGGACCGCAUUGGACACGGCACGUUCAUAGAAGGAGAGAAUCUCGCUUUUGCACAGGAACAUAAAAUUCCCUUCGAGUGCUGUCUGACCAGCAAUGUAAAGUGCAAAACUGUACCGUCCUACGAGGAUCAUCAUGUUGCGAAAUUGCUGAAACUGAAGCAUCCCGUGUGUGUUUGUACGGACGACUUCGGUGUCUUUGAAACGAGCCUGUCGCAAGAGCUUAAAAUUUGCGCUUCCACCUUCAGUCUAACGAAGGCCGACAUGGUAGAGAUGCAGCGCAAUGCAAUUGAAUAUUCGUUUGCUAGCGAGCAGGAGAAAAAGGAGUUGCGCGCCAAAAUUGAGCAAUUCUCAGAGACUCUGGCGAAGGAGCUGUAAAAAUUGCAACUUUAACAGGACAAAGAAAGGAUACACAAUUUCAACGUAAAAAUUGCUUGGAUAACUUCCCAACAGAACCUUGUUUUGUCCAAAAUCCUCUCAGAAAGAACUCUUGCUACUGUUCAAAUUCUGUAGCAAUUAGAUUAAGCCUUGGUUUGGGGCAUUCGUUGUAAAAAAUGGUAUGAAUUACUCUUUCCAACUUUAAAAACUGUUCUUCAAAAGCA